UCAUAUCUUCCUUCGUUCUUUUUUUUUUGCAUUCUGUGCUUCAUCUUUCUCCUUGAUUUCACCUGAAAUUCUUCAUCUCACUGUCACUUCCUUCUCUCUCUUUAUUUUUUUAAUUUUAACAACUAUUUGAUUAGCUUCGAAGGUUCUUUGUUUUCCACGAUUUUGAGACCAGAUUCGGCAUUGUACAUAGAGAGAUACCGAUUCAUUUUGAACCAAAAAAAAAAGCAUUUUGGAAAAUUUCCUCAACUUUGGCGUUGUGAUUAACACUUUGCGUUGUUUCCAAAAUUGGAUUAUAGGUUGUGUGAGAGAGAGAGAGAGAGAGAGAGGAGAAUUUUCUGGGAAUUGGGUCUUCAUCAUGCUCUUGUAAUUUGGCAAAAUUUGUCUACUUUUUUUGUGUGGCCUAAGGGGUGAAAAAAUUAGGGUUUGUGAGGUGAAUUUUGGGGGAAGAAGGGGAUCUGGGGUUUAGGUCAACGGAAUUGGAAUGAUCUGUUUGUUGUUUUACUAAAUCGACGGUUUGGAUCUGAUCGGGGGAGAGACAGCGCCACCGGAUGGCGCUGUUCCGUCGCUUCUUCUAUAAGAAGCCUCCGGAUCGGCUUCUCGAGAUCUCGGAGCGUGUUUAUGUUUUUGACUGCUGUUUCUCUAGCGAUGUUAUGGGGGAGGAUGAGUACAAAGUAUACUUGGGUGGCAUCGUGGCGCAGCUUCAGGAUCAUUUCCCGGAUGCAUCUUUCAUGGUGUUUAAUUUUAGAGAGGGGGAACAACGAAGUCAAAUAUCAGACGUGUUGUCUCAAUACGAUAUGACUGUAAUGGAUUAUCCACGGCAGUAUGAGAGUUGCCCGCUUUUACCUCUUGAAAUGAUCCAUCACUUCCUACGCUCUAGUGAAAGCUGGUUAUCGUUGGAAGGUCAGCAAAAUGUGUUGUUGAUGCAUUGCGAAAGAGGUGGUUGGCCUGUUCUUGCCUUCAUGUUAUCGGGGCUUUUACUAUACAGAAAGCAGUAUCAUGGUGAGCAGAAGACUCUUGAAAUGGUACACAAACAGGCUCCUAAGGAGCUUCUUCAUCUAUUGUCGCCUCUAAACCCACAGCCUUCUCAACUCAGAUAUCUUCAGUACAUUUCUAGAAGAAAUUUAGGCUCUGACUGGCCUCCUUCAGACACGCCUCUUCUUUUGGAUUGCUUGAUUCUCAGAGAUCUCCCACAUUUUGAAGGGAGAAAAGGUUGCAGACCAAUUCUACGGGUUUAUGGGCAGGAUCCUAAAGCCCGAACGAACCGGAGUUCCAUACUUCUCUUCUCCACAUUAAAGACAAAGAAACACACUCGUCUCUACCAACAGGAAGAGUGUAUCCUGGUGAAAUUAGAUAUACAGUGCCGUGUUCAAGGGGAUGUUGUUCUGGAAUGUAUUCAUUUGCAUGAUGAUUUUGUGAGUGAGGAGAUGGUCUUUAGAAUCAUGUUCCACACGGCAUUUGUGCGUGCUAAUAUUUUGAUGAUCCACCGCGAUGAGAUGGAUAUACUUUGGGAUGCUAAGGAACAGUUCCCAAAGGAAUUUAAAGCAGAGGUACUUUUCUCUGGCGCUGAUGCCGUGGUGCCUACUAUCACAACUUCUACAAUAUCAGAAGAAGAGAACGACUUUGAUAUUGCUUCACCUGAUGAAUUUUUUGAGGUGGAAGAGAUUUUUAGCGAUGUGAUUGAUGGGCCUGACCAUAAGAGAGAUUCAGAUAGUUUUGUGGUUGUUGAUAAUGCUUCAGAUGAUUCUGACGGAAAAGAGGUGUGGAAAGGGGACGUGGAACCCAAUGCGUUUCUAGAUUGUGCAUCAGAUGAUUCUAAUCAUAAACACGAUAUGCAUGCAGAGAGUAGCACGGAUCCGGUGAAAGAUAUCACUGUUGAUGAUGUACAGUAUAGGUCAGAUGGGAAGGUGGAUUCUAAUAUUGACUCAGUGAAGGAUAUAGGAAUAGAUGAUGGUAAUGAGCAGCGAAAGAGGACCAUGGAAGCAAAGGAAAAUGAUUCUAAAACAGCAGAGACUCAACACAAAGGUGAUGGAGAAGGCAAUGGUUCCCAGGAUGAGUUAGAAGAACCUACGACUCAGAAAACAAAUUCUAAUCUCAACACACCCAUAUCCGAAAAAGCACAAGCGACACCAAAGAAACAGGUCGGAGCAAAUGCAAAGCUGGCUGGAGAUUCACUUAAACCGAAGUCUAAGCAACAAGAAACACAGGGUCAGAACGUAAGAAUGGCUAAGCCUAACGCAGUGUCUCGAUGGAUUCCUUCAAAUAAGGGCUCAUAUAAAGAUUCUAUGCAUGUGGCGUAUCCCCCAACAAGAAUUAACAGCGCUCCUGCUUCAAUUACCACUUCUCUCAAGGAUGGUAAAAGAGCUACAUCACCUGAUGGAGUGAUUCCAAAGGAUGCUAAGACUAAAUACCUGAGAGCGUCUGUUUCUUCACCGGAUAUGAGGAGUCGAGCUCCAAUGUCCUCAUCACCAGCUUCUAGCCCAAAGGAAAAGCCGUCUUCUCUACCUACUGCCCCUCCCCACCAGGCUUCUCCACCCCUAUCUUCUCUAACCAGUGAGGCCACUGCAUCAGUUUCACACUCUCCACAAGCAGGUUCAUCAACUCCGCCACUGACUGAAAAUGACAGUUACUCUGAAAAUGAGAGACCAAGCGGUGGAACCGUGUUGCCUCCAUCUCCUCCUUGGAAGUCUGUGUAUGCUUCAGCUUUGGCAACUCCUGCAAUAUGUUCUACAUCUCAACCUCCUACCUUCCCACCACCUCCACCUGCAUACCAUUCAGUAGGCCAAAAGAGCAGCGCCUCUCAAGCGUAUCAGCUCAAAGCACCUCCGCCUCCUCCCCCACCACCUCCAUUUGCAUCUGUGAAGCGAAACAGUGAAACUUUGUUACCAUCUGUGAAGCGAAACAACUCUCAAGCAUAUCAGCUCCCAUCACCACCGCCUCCUCCCCCACCGCCUCCGUUUGCAUCUCCACCGCCGCCGCCUCCUCCGAUGCGUGGAGGAGCCCCACCGCCGCCGCCUCCCCCGAUGCGUGGUGGAGCCCCACCACCGCUGCCUCCUCCUGGCGGUCGUGCUCCUGGUCCACCUCCGCCUCCGCCUCCUGGCGGUCGUGCUCCUGGUCCACCUCCGCCUCCUGGACCAAGGCCUCCGGGUGGACCUCCUCCACCUCCAAUGCUUGGUGCUAAAGGAGCUGCAGUUGAUCCUAGGGGAGCUGGAAGAGGACGUGGUCUUCCACGUCCAGGUUUUGGAUCUUCAGCUCAGAAAAAGUCUUCUUUGAAGCCAUUACAUUGGGUUAAAGUAACACGGGCUUUGCAGGGGAGCUUAUGGGAUGAGCUACAGAGACAUGGAGAAUCACAAACUCCACCAGAGUUUGAUGUAUCAGAAAUAGAGACCCUAUUCUCUGCUACAGUGCAAAAGCCAGCUGAUAAAUCUGGAAGUCGACGAAAAUCUGUCGGGGCAAAGCCUGAAAAAGUUCAACUGAUUGACCUUAGGAGAGCCAAUAACACGGAAAUUAUGCUUACAAAAGUAAAGAUGCCUCUGCCUGAUAUGAUGGCUGCAGUUCUGGCAAUGGAUGAGUCUGUAUUAGAUGUUGAUCAAAUAGAGAAUCUUAUAAAAUUUUGCCCAACCAAGGAGGAGAUGGAGCUUCUUAAGAACUACACUGGGGACAAGGCAACCUUGGGAAAGUGUGAACAGUAUUUCCUAGAGCUAAUGAAGGUGCCACGAGUAGAGGCAAAGCUUAGAGUAUUUUCUUUCAAGAUUCAAUUUGGCACUCAGAUAACAGAAUUCAAAAAAAGUUUAAAUGCGGUAAAUUCUGCAUGCGAGGAGGUCCGUAAUUCACAAAAGCUAAAAGAGAUUAUGAAAAAAAUUCUUUAUCUGGGGAACACUCUGAACCAAGGAACUGCAAGGGGCGCUGCUGUUGGAUUCAAAUUGGACAGUUUAUUGAAAUUAAGCGAUACACGGGCUGCUAACAGCAAGAUGACUCUCAUGCAUUAUCUUUGCAAGGUCCUUGCUUCCAAGGCAUCAGUUCUACUGGACUUCCACAAGGACCUUGAAAGUCUUGAAUCAGCCUCAAAGAUACAAUUGAAGUCUCUGGCUGAGGAAAUGCAAGCGAUAAUCAAGGGAUUGGAAAAACUGAACCAGGAGCUCACAGCGUCCGAAAGUGAUGGUCCUGUUUCUGAAGUUUUUCGUAAAACAUUGAGAGACUUCAUAUCCAUUGCUGAGACUGAAGUGGCAACUGUAUCGAGUCUUUACUCCGUCGUGGGAAGAAAUGCUGAUGCACUUGCGCACUAUUUUGGCGAGGAUCCUAACCGUUGUCCAUUUGAACAAGUUACUGCGACCCUCUUGAAUUUUAUAAGGUUAUUUAAGAAAGCACACGAAGAGAACGUGAAGCAAGCAGAGCUGGAGAAGAAGAAAGCUGCAAAGGAAGCGGAAAUGGAGAAGGCAAAAGGAGUCAGUCUCACAAAAAAAGUAGUUGAUGAUAGCUGAGCAAAAACUGGAAUAUAAAUUUUGCAAAAUCCGCCAAAAUAUCUCUCAAGAGAGAGAGAAGCGAGGUGGUCUUGUAAAGCCAGCGAAGGUGGUGGUGCAGUACAAGUAAACCUUUGCGCAGAGGGGCAUAGGGCAUUUCGUGAAGUUAAAACAGGAUCGGGGUCCUAUGGGGAGAGGGUUUCGCCUGGGCGGGGGCUAUCGAGGAACCAUUGAAAGAUCAAGAGACAGGUCUUUAAUCUCCCUCUCCACUCACGUUGACAUAUGUUGAUUAACUCCACAUUGAUUUUAAUUCUAACAUGUAAAUUAGGAUUCUUUUCAUGUUGCUUAAUUUUCCUAAUUAGAGGAGUUUUGGAUAGAAUGAAAUGUUGUAUAGGUUUCAGGUAGAUUGAGAGAGAAAGAAAGAUGUAGAGCAUUUUGUCUGUUUUAGUGUGUAACUUUGUAUCGUAACGCAACAGCAUCAUUGUUCCUUUUUAGGCUUCACACCUAUGAAAAUAAUAAUAAUCUUCUUCUUUUUU